AGUGUCAUCUACACGUGAAAGAGUAAAUUGUUCUCUUACAAUUAAGGUGUGGUAUUUAAGACAGUUUUCUGUUUCUGGCAUUUUCUCGCUCCAUUUUCCUUCCUUCUCUCUCUCUCUCUCUCUCUCUCGUAGUCUUUCUAACUACAACUGGCAACUGCAAUCCAACCCUAAAGCUCCGGGAUCGUUGCGGUUUGACUCACCGAGUUGCUUUUUCAGCUGUUCUUCCCAUGGCAUGAGGUGAGAAAACAAAGCAGGGUUUUUUGGUUCUGGUUUUGGUUUUACUUUGGAGCUUUGUGUUACGAUGAGGAGCAUGAAUCAGUACUGUGUUUGUGUUCCAUUGCUUGUGUGCUUGGUAUUGGCUAUUGAACUUGUCCUAGCUCAGGAUUUUAAGCCUGCAGAUAAAAUUCUGCUGAAUUGUGGUGGUCCUCCGGUUAGUUCUGAUACUGAUGGCCGUCAAUGGACCACUGAUAUUGGUUCCAAGUUUGGUUCUUCGGCCGGAAAUUCCUUGACUUCGCAGGCUGCAUCUCAAGAUCCUGCAGUCCCGCAGGUUCCCUACAUGACGGCACGCGUGUUCCACGCACCUUAUACCUAUACUUUUCCGGUGGCCUCCGGUCGGAAAUUCCUCCGGCUGUACUUUUAUUCGGCUUCUUAUGCUGGCCUCAAUGCAUCCAAUGCACUGUUUGGUGUAACGGCACAAUCCUACACCGUGCUUAGGAACUUCAGUGUUGCUCAGACCACCUUGGCUUUGAAUUUUGCCUACAUUGUGAAGGAAUACUCUAUAUAUGUUGAAGGGGAAACCUUGAAUGUAACUUUUACCCCAUCUACCAAUGCCUCGAACGCCUAUGCAUUUGUUAAUGGGAUUGAGGUUGUGUCCAUGCCUGAUAUUUAUACUUCCACGGAUGAAUCUACCGUGAUUGUGGGUACCGAUACACCUUUCACAAUUGAUAACAGCACUGCACUUGAAAAUCUUUAUAGGUUAAAUGUGGGUGGGAAUGAUAUUUCACCUUCACAUGAUACUGGAAUGUUUAGGUCAUGGUCUGAUGAUGUGCCCUACCUCUUUGGGGCUGCAUUUGGCGUUACUGAGCCUGCGGAUCCAGGUGUGAAGUUUGAGUAUCCUCCGGGCACACCAGCUUAUAUUGCUCCACAAGAUGUCUACACUACAGCCAGAUCAAUGGGCCCAGAUGCCAAUAUCAACUCGAAUUACAACUUGACUUGGAUUUUCUCCAUUGAUUCUGGGUUUUCUUAUCUUGUGAGACUCCAUUUUUGUGAGGGCUCAACAAAUAUAACCCAGAUUAAUCAAAGAGUAUUUGAUAUAUUCCUCAACAAUCAAACUGCUCAGCCUGGUGGUGCUGAUGUUAUUGCCUGGGCACGUGAUUUUGGCCUUUCACAUUCAAAUGGGGUUCCAGUGCAUAAAGACUACGUUGUAUUUGUUCCUAAUGGGGAACCACGGCAGGACUUGUGGCUUGCACUGCAUCCAGAUACAAGUAACAAGCCCCAGUAUUAUGAUGCAAUCUUGAAUGGAGUGGAGAUAUUCAAAAUUAAUGAUACUACAGGUAAUCUGGCAGGGACAAAUCCUAUUCCUCCUCCUUUGCAAGAUAUAAUUGACCCGUCAUUGGCUAGGACAUCUAGUCAUGGAAAAUCAAAGAGUCAUGUGGGAAUAAUUGCGGGAGUUGUUGUUGGAGGAGUUGUUUUAGUACUUGUGAUUGGGGUAUUUGCUUUUGCUGCUUCGCGUCGCAGUAGGCAUGGAAAAGAUUCUGGUGCAAGUGAAGGGCCGUCUGGCUGGCUUCCACUUUCUCUUUAUGGUAAUUCACACUCUGCAGCUUCUGCCAAGACCAACACCACAGGAAGUUACGCAUCCUCUCUCCCAUCAAACCUUUGUCGUCAUUUCUCAUUUGCUGAAAUUCAGGCUGCCACGAACAACUUUGACGAGGCUUUGCUUCUUGGUGUGGGGGGAUUUGGUAAGGUUUACAAAGGAGAAAUGGAUGGUGGAACAACCAAAGUAGCAAUUAAACGUGGAAAUCCACUAUCUGAGCAGGGGGUUCAUGAAUUCCAAACUGAGAUUGAAAUGCUCUCUAAACUUCGUCACCGCCACCUUGUUUCACUGAUUGGCUACUGUGAAGAAAACACUGAAAUGAUCCUUGUCUAUGAUUAUAUGGCCUAUGGAACACUCAGGGAGCAUCUGUACAAGACCCAGAAGCCUCCACUGCCAUGGAAGCAAAGGCUUGAGAUAUGCAUUGGUGCUGCUCGGGGUUUACACUACCUACACACUGGUGCUAAACACACUAUCAUCCAUCGUGAUGUGAAGACGACAAACAUUUUACUAGAUGAAAAAUGGGUGGCUAAGGUUUCUGAUUUUGGAUUGUCAAAAACAGGUCCAACAUUGGAUAAUACCCAUGUAAGUACUGUUGUCAAGGGUAGUUUUGGGUACUUGGAUCCAGAAUACUUCAGGAGGCAGCAACUGACAGACAAAUCUGAUGUUUACUCAUUUGGUGUGGUUCUAUUUGAGAUAUUGUGUGCACGACCAGCUUUGAACCCGGCCCUUGCUAAAGAGCAAGUGAGUCUGGCUGAGUGGGCAUCUCAUUGCUACAAGAAAGGCAUUCUUGACCAAAUCAUUGAUCCUUAUCUGAAGGGCAAGAUAGCUCCAGAAUGCUUCAAAAAGUUUGCUGAGACUGCAAUGAAGUGUGUAGCAGACCAAGGCAUUGAUAGGCCAUCCAUGGGUGAUGUCUUGUGGAACCUUGAGUUCGCUUUGCAGCUGCAAGAAAGUGCAGAAGAAAGUGGCAAUGGCUUUGGCGGCAUUCACAAUGAAGAGGAGGCAAUGUUUGCAGAUUCUAAAGGAAAGAAGGACCCUGAUGCAUUGCCAGGUUAUGAUGGUAAUGUGACCGACUCCAGAAGCAGUGGCAUUUCAAUGAGCAUUGGAGGUAGAAGCUUGGCUAGUGAAGACUCUGAUGGAUUAACCCCUAGUGCUGUAUUCUCCCAGAUCAUGAAUCCAAAAGGGCGCUAAGGUCAUGCAGUAAACCACUCAAGUUCUUCUGUAGUGCAAUCUUCUUUCAGUAAACUUGAAUGUUACUCUAUUGAUUCUCUUAAUAUUAUUUCUAUUCCUUUGUCUUGUUUCUUAUUUAUUAUGAUUAUGUAAGCUGUAAUUUGUGGCUACGUUAUAUAAAGAUUGAAGAGCAAACAUGUUGUAACGAGGUUGUUGUAAUCUUAAUUUUUGGAAACCCCUCCCUUUCUUUCUCCACCAUUGAUAAGACGUGCAAGACAAAGAUUACAUGUGUCUCUCCCUUUUUAAAGGAAAAUGACUUUGUUGCUGUCAUAAGAUAAAGUCUACAUAUAGUCAACAGGCUCAGCAUCAUAAUCACCUAGUGAUUUCCUUGAAGAUGUUGAUCGCUCCUGUUUAUAAUUAUAACCCUGUAUUUUGUAUAACUAUAGUAUGAUAGUAAUAGAAAAAAACAAUUAUACCAUAAUCAUGCAUGUCAAGAGUUAAUAUAGCAAUGAAAUGGGUAUCUUGAUUCUUGACCUUUA